AUCAAUACUCUGCAGUCUAAUUUAUAUUGUGCCACUUGAAAUAAUUCCGUUUUCGCUGCUACCUUAACUCUGCUAUGGAGAGCGUCCUUCAUUAUAAAAAGGAAUUGUUUUAAUGAGAAGUUUCUCAACUAAUACUUUGUAUACGAAGUAAAGUAUAAGAGAACUUUAAAGAAAUCGGAAUGACAAAACGAGUCUUGCAAAAGCCUGCGUGGAAAGAGGCAUUGGGAGCCUCAAUGAGAUCGAAAAGGCUUAAGUUAAUGCCUGAUAAAGAUAACCGCUUUUGUUGUCCUGUGGCUGAUUGUGACAGCGAGUCGUAUGGAAGUAAAAGAGGGUGUAGAAAACAUGUCUAUAACCGUCAUGGAUGGUUUUAUUAUUUCGAUAAAAGACCGAAUAUCGACGAAGUACUUCCCCACUUCAGUACGAGAAAUCGCAUAAAAGAUCCCCAAAGAAAGCGCGCCUCCACAUUUUCAAUGCCGUCUUUUGCUAAAACAUGUAAUUUGGCAGUUGCAUUUAGGACAUGGUUAAAAAGUCCAGGUGGUGGUGGUAAAGAUCAUUCUCAGGCCGAUCAAAUAACUUGUAAAGUUUUAAAGUAUGCCAAAUAUUGCUGCGAGGAUUCUCCUUCGGUAUGGGAAGUACCAUUCCCUGUUAUCGACUACUGUGUUGGCUCUAUUAAUAUGCUUUCUGAUUUCGUAGAUUUUUUGAGAGACCAAUGGAAGGUUGGCUUCUCAGGAAUAAUUGGCUACAUGAAUGCUAUUGGGCACAUGCUUGAUUACAGACGAAGCACAGGUACGACUGAAAAAAAUUUGUCGGUAUUUGUUGCUGCAGAGAUUUAUUUGCACCGUGUUAAGAAAUUCCUCCUUCGUAAAAUGAAAGCUGAAUGGAAGUGUAUCUUAAGUGUUGAAUAUCUAAACAGUAUAGACUGUUGGGCGACACUAUAUGAUUUACAAAAGGUGAUACCAUACCAUAGUGAAAAAUAUAAACAAAUUGUGUUAAAUGCUAAAAACGCAAGUGCAUGUGUCGCAGCACACGAUUUAUCAUUUUCGACUUCCUUCAUAGUAGCUGUAUUAUUUUUAAUGGUGAAGGCUUCAAGACCCAUGACGUAUCAAACUCUUACAGUAACAAUGAUUAAAGGCGUGAAAGAGGAUGGUUUUAUAGAUCAGAAUGUCUUUAAAACUGCGGAGAAAUACGGAUUUGACUCUCUUUAUUUUUCCAUAGAUGUACUCACACUAAUAAACGAAUACAUUGACAAUGUACGACGAAGAUUGAACCCCACCAACGAUUAUCUACUAGUGUGUCGAAAUGGUAAGCAGUUGACGCGUAUUUCGGACGUAUUCGGUAGAAUUGUUUAUCAAGCAAUUGGUAAGUAUAUAAAUCCUACACGAUAUAGGCAAAUCAUCGAAACCGAAAGUGUUGCACACUUAGAAACAAAAGAACAAGCAAUUCUUUCUCAAGAUCAAAAACACACGUCGCAGGUAGCUAAAGUUCAUUACCAGAAGACUGAAUCGCGCAAUAUAGCUGCAAAAGCCAGGUUAUGUAUGGAUAAAUUACGAGAUCAAACAACGUGUACUUUAACUGUAAGCGAAAUCAAUAGUAACACCAAAAAUGUGAAAACGUCUGGAAGUACUUUGGAACACGAAACACCUGUUCAAACGAGACAGAAAAAAGUUAGUUUUAGUGCCAUGGAGGACAAGUUUUUACAAGCUGGGCUACAAAAAUAUGGCAAUGCAAAAUGGACUUCCAUUCUCGCAGAUCCUAACUACUCCUUUCAUUGUAGCCGUAAAGCUAGUACAUUGGCGGUUAGAGCGAAGACAAAACAAUUUAUAUAAGUUUAAAUUGUAUUUAUAAUAAAAAUAACUUUGUAAAUUUACAAAGAUUUUUGAAAACCAGAAUA